UUUAUAAAUCUCAAAAGAGAUGUAUACACACCAGAUGUGAUGGCAGCAUGUGACUAUAUGAUCGGAAAGAUUGGGUAUGGAACAGUAAGUGAGGCUCUGUCAUACAAGUUGCCUUUCGUAUUUGUACGGAGAGACUUCUUUAAUGAAGAACCGUUCAUUAGAAAUAUGCUUGAGUAUUACCAAAACGGCGUUGAAAUGAUUAGGAGGGAUUUGCUCACAGGACGCUGGGCACCUUACCUUCAGCGUGCAAUUAGUUUGAAACCCUGCUAUGAAGGAGGGGUUGAUGGUGGCAAGGUGACUGCCCGCAUACUACAGGAUAUGGCUUUUGGAAAGAAUAAUACUCCGCAAAAGUUUAGCGGGGCCAGCAGAUUGAGUGAUUCCAUAGUCCUCGGGUAA